AUGACGAAUGUCCUUGACAUGAUUCCUAUGCUCCGAUGGAAUUCGGAGGCACCACCUGCGGUGUCAUUUUCCACUAUGUGGACAAUGUGCGCAGAAGCGUCAGAGACGGAUGAUGUAGCUGCCGAGGAAGACGUGCGACACGAGGCUUUCCACAGCAGCGAAGACCAAGACCACGAAGAUAGUGAAGACGAAGACGAUGGGUGUGGUGGUGGAAAAGAAGAUGGUGAUGCUGAUACACGCCCAGGAUACGUUGAGCACCUGUCGGAGAUACUAAAUCCUCUGCGAAGCGCAAGCGGCCCUUCUGCGGGCCGGAACAACGUCCAGCCUGAAACUCAGCAUCGAAAUCCCAGUCUCGUAUUGAAGAUACCAUCAAAAUUCUAUCUCAUUGCUGAACCUCUGAUGUGGAGUGCUCGAUGGAAUAUCACCAUAACGAGUUUCUGUGUAGCGAAGCGCUUUGUCGAUCAAAUGAUUCGACGGCGAAGACGCGAUCCAGUGUCAUUCGUGCUGGGAGACGAGAGGGGCAUUCCGAACGACGAGACUAGCGGCAGACGCCUCUGCUCGCUCGGAAACGGCUACUCGGUGUUGGUUCCGCCGAGCACGAGGAGUUUGGAGGAAAAGCUCGAGGAGGAUGCAAAUACUGCAGAUGUGAUUGCGCAUCACUUCUAUGCAGAUGAAGCUUAUACCGGCCCUGAUCUGCGGGGACGGCUGUUCAACUUCGACGCCGUAGGAGCAACUGAUGCGCCGCCUCCGCUAUGCUCGCUGGAGCAACUCCCGGAAGUUUGUAUGUUGAGAGUAUUACUGUUUUUACCUGGGCGCGAUUGGGCGCGUCUACCGGCUAUAGGCUCUCCGUUUUUUAGGCAGACGGCGUUCAGGCACAUCGAUCUUCUUGCAGCAAGGAUAUCGCCAAAGCAACUGCUUCCUACAAGAAUCGACCUCGUAGUAGCAGAGAAUGAGCAAACGAAAUGUACAACUAUAUCAACAUCACCAGAUCAUGAACAUGAAGAUGAUGCGUCAAGCAAUGCCGAUGAGGGCUUUUCCUGCAACAGAAAUUUCACGGAAGAAAAACUCCUGAUUCACCUCGAACGGCUAGCCGACUUGGAGGAUUGCUACGUUUUUGAUGUUUUCGACCACUGCAGCACUGGCCCUGGGUUACCUUCGUUCGGGCCACAUCGCGAGGGAGCAGAAUUCCCUGAUUAUCGCGUGUGGGGCCCACAACAAAAUACCUCGUCGUGGGCAACAAGAAACGGCGACGGUGAUGAAGGCGCGUCGCCUAGUUUAUCUUUCGAUGGUGACGAGGGUGGUGGUCAGGAGCAGGCUUCGCCAAGUAGUGGCUCAUCCUCUGGACCAGAGAAGCGCAAAGUCUUGAAGUCUUUGAAGGACACGCAGAGUAUACUGAGGCAGAGUCUCCCCGGGCGAAUGCACAGCAUGCGCCGUUUGCAAGUGGAGAGUCCGGGUUCUCAGUCUCUCGGAGCACCCCUCAGCCCAGCAUCUUCUACAACAUUUGACCGCGCCUACUGGAACGUUUACCGAACCUGGUGCUCAGGACCAAACUGGAUUUCAGCGAGCGCACUGAUGAACAACGGCGGUUUUGGUGCUCGGAGGCCGUCGGCUGAGAUGCGGUCUUGCAUAGAGACCGUGCCGUUCUUUGUUCCAAGAAACGACUGCAACAACAGGAAAUCGCCGAACCAGUUUGAUCUUUCAAGAAUCUGUAGUUCUUGUGCAGCACCGCUUUUGAUGCGUCUUCCGUGCAUGCAAUUCCGGUUUUCCCACAUCAACGGCCAGCAAAAACGCGACAAACUCACGCAGCUGCCACAACUGAGUUUCGUACCACGAAAAAUCGUAAUCCGCUUCAAAAUCGACGUGAAAAAUACUAGUACGUUAUCUACUGAACACAGGAGGCUGCGACCACCACAAGCAGGUCCCUACUUUCCCAAUGAGCAAAGGACGAUUUCUUGGCAGGACGAACGCGAGCAACAAGAUCCGCGGGAACAUGAAUCACCUUGGGAUGUCACUUUUGAAUUUAGUUGUAGUCAAUCUAACGACUUAGUGGCCGCGGAACCUGACAGGCGCUCACUUGCUCUCCAGGUUCGCUUGUCGAACAGCAGUUCUUGCGGUCAACAAGAGAAGCAGAAAUGUUGGAAUACCAGAUUUUUGGCAGGACUCCAGCGUCGAUUCGCUCAUUCGCAACAUGCUCUUUCGAUAGCCAAAAAGGGAGCAGCUAGAGUCGCUAGCACGCUUUCUCAUGCUGUAUCGCGCUGUGUCAAGUCAAGCACCGGCUCAUCAACAUUUUUUCAAAGAAUGAGGACAGGGACACGGAGGGCAGCCUCAUCGUCACGGUACGUCACCUCGGAAGUCGCCGGAAACGACAUCAAUUCUGCAACUCCGAUAGUACCUAAGAUCAAAAAAAAGGAGGCAGCUCUCGAUUUACAGAUCGGAGAUUGGAUCCUUGCUGACGUUCGUCGACGCCAGUGGCGACAGGCUUCCAAAGGGUUGUCGAAAAGUAUGAGAAUGGGAAUACUGAAGAAGGAUGGAGGAAAUAUGAUGACAAAAGAUACGUCGUCGGGUGUCGCAAAUGCAAUUGCAAAUGCAAAUCCCUACAACACAGCGAUCGUGCAGGAGAAGCCUAGAAGGGAUUUCUCGACGCCUCCAGAGCACGGUCGCUCUCCUAAUACCAGUACGCUUCUUAUUGAUUGUGAUCAAUGGCAGGAACUCACGAUUUUCCCUCUGCACGCGAAUGCCAUGUUGAAUGGCCAUAACGUCGCAGCCUUAACUUGUCCAGGAUCCUGCUCGGGUGGAGUACGAUCAGGCCUAGGGGGAUUCGAAGGAGAGAGUAUUUUCAAUAGCAGAGCAACGUGCGGCGCAUCUUCAAGUUCAACUUCAAAUUUUUCGAUGCGAUCUCCAAAUGUUGGACCCGUAGUACUUCCAACGACCGACGCUGAACAUUUCUCGCCCUUCGCGGAUUGCAGCCUGAAGGUGCUGACAGUAAGCGGAGAAACAGGUAGUCCCAAUCAACAAGUCGUAUUGACCGUUGAAUCUAUUCGCUAUAAGGAUUAGAAUUGAGAAGUAGACCUAGACUCAAACGAACUUUUUUUCAUCCCAUCAACAUGUUUUUCUACGUUGACUCAUAGAGAUCGAUUGAUAUGAUUUCUUAUUCUUCAAACCUAAUCUAACCUAAAAACCUCCUAAUAAACCAAGUUUACAAUUACAAUUUAGGUCCGAAGUGAUUCUCGAACUCCUUUUAGUUUUACGUAAGCAGGUCGGUCAGUCUCAGUAUGAAUGGUGAUAGAUUUAGCACUCGGUAAUGUCCUUCGCAUUCACCCUAGAUAAAUCACAGCUAGAAUGUGUUUUUGUCCAAGACAAUCAUGAACUAAUGAGCUAUAAAAAUUUUCCGUAUCUUAUUCUUUUUUCAAGUCUAGUUUGAGUUUGUUUAUUCCACAGUGUCAGUGGUCCCGUCGGUAGUUGUGAUGGCGUUGCAGUAAAAAAUAUCAACCCAUCGCAAGAAUGUUGUGUGUCUUCUAAGUAAAUAUCGACAAUGAGCUUAUCGUAAUGAAGAACUUUCUUUCAUCUUGGUUGUCUGAUUAUAUAUAAAGAAAUAGGGGUAUGCCAUAUUCAGGUCGUAUCAGGGCGUUUCGCUCUACCCUUUACUCGCUGUCUUUUUUUUUCUAAUGCUCAGUUCUUGUCACCAUCAUCAUUGUGUUUUUUACCCAACAAGGGAUUCCCGAUAAUAUUGCUUUAGCUGCAGAAGCAGACAUGUAAAAAAGGUAGAACUAAUGCUAGUGUCGAUCACGUAUGAUAUUCAUGCUGCAUCAUCGUCCCCGGAUUUCUGAUGCAGGUGUAAGUAGAUAAGUCGACCAUUUUCAAUGGCCCUCUGGUCCUGGUGAACAUCCUAGUAAGAGCAUCGCGUUGCUGCAAGGAUUCGUGGCGUGCAGCCCGCACGCCGGUAAUAUAAAGAGCGAAGAGGAUGGUGAUGGAGUGCAACCGAAAGCAUAUAAAUAUAAUACCG